GAGAACAUGGGUGAGGGCUGCUCGCAGAAGCUGGCAAUUGCGAAGUACCUCCGCUUUCUGUUGCUGGUCUUGAUCCCAUGUAUCUGUGCCCUCAUUGUCCUGCUGGUGAUCCUCCUUUUCUUUCUUGGAACAUUAAAAAAACCCUAUUUGCAAUCAAAUUGGAGUGAACCUUGGGUCACUGAUGGCCAAGUCCAAGUGUCUGAUGUAAUACACAUGAAUACAAUUAAUGAGAGCACUGUGUUGUCUGCUGGACAUCCCAGCCAGCGCAUUCCAGCCCGCACCACAGAUGCUUCCCUUCUAGAGGACCAAAGUCGCAGAAACACAAGUGCCUGCAUGAAUAUCACCCACAGCCAGUGUCAGAUGCUGCCCUACCACACCACGCAAACACCUUUCUUCUCAAUUGUCAAAAAUAUGGAAAUGGAGAAGUUCCUCAAGUUCUUCAUGUACCUCCAUCGCCUCAGUUGCUAUCAACAUAUCAUGCUUUUUGGCUGUAGCCUGGCGUUUCCUGAGUGCAUCAGUGAUGGCGAUGACAGCCAAGGCAUCCUCCUGCCUUGUCGGUCCUUCUGUGAGGAUGCGAAAGAUGGGUGUGAGUCAAUCCUGGGGAUGGCGAACGUCUCCUGGCCUGAUUUCCUCAAAUGUUCCCAGUUUAAGAACCAAAUGGUAAACAGUAAUGGCAGCCGGACUUGCUUCUCACCACUGCAGGAAAAAGGAAAACAAUGGCUGUGUGGAGGAGAUAGCUUCGCGUGUGCCAGUGGCAUCUGUGUGCCCAAGAAGCUGCAAUGUAAUGGCUACAAUGACUGUGCGGACUGGAGCGAUGAGACCCACUGCAACUGCAGUGAUAACCUUUUCCACUGUAACACAGGCAAGUGCCUUAAUUACAGCCUGGUGUGUGACGGCUAUGAUGACUGUGGUGACCUGAGUGAUGAGCAAAAUUGUGAUUGCAACCCCACAAAGGAACAUCGCUGUGGAGAUGGCCGAUGCAUCACAAUUGAGUGGGUGUGUGAUGGUGACCAAGACUGUGUGGAUAAGUCGGAUGAAACCAAUUGCUCCUGCCACAGCCAGGGUCUGAUGGAGUGCAGGAAUGGCCAGUGCAUCCCCAGCACCUUCCAGUGUGAUGGAGACCAGGACUGCAGGGACGGGAGUGAUGAAGAGAACUGCAGUCAGACCUCAUGUCAAGAAGGAGACCAAAGAUGCUUCUACAACUCCUGCCUUGAUUCAUGUGGUGGCAGCUUGCCCUGUGACCCCAGCAGCAGCCCCAGUAACUGUAGUCAAUGUGAACCAAUCACACUGGAGCUCUGCAUGAAUUUGCCUUACAACUAUACAAACUAUCCCAAUUACCUUGGCCACAGGACUCAGAAGGAAGCAUCCAUCAGCUGGGAGUCUUCUCUUUUCCCUGCGCUUGUUCAGACCAACUGUUACAAAUACCUCAUGUUUUUUGCUUGCACCAUCUUGGUACCAAAGUGUGAUGUGAACACUACCCAACGUAUCCCUCCUUGCAGGGCACUCUGUCAGCACUCCAAGGAACGCUGUGAAUCUGUUCUCGGGAUUGUGGGCCUCCAGUGGCCUGAAGAUACAGAUUGCAAUCAAUUUCCAGAGGAAAAUUCAGACAAUCAAACCUGCCUGAUGCCUGAUGAGGAUGUGGAAGAGUGCUCUCCUAGUCAUUUCAAGUGCCGCUCUGGACGCUGUAUUCUGGCUUCCAGAAGAUGCGAUGGCCAAGCUGACUGUGACGAUGACAGUGAUGAAGAAAACUGUGGGUGUGAAGAGAGAAAUCUUUGGGAAUGUCCAUCUAAUAAACAAUGUUUGAAGCACACAGUGAUUUGUGAUGGGUUUCCGGAUUGCCCUGAUAGCAUGGAUGAAAAAAACUGCUCAUUUUGCCAAAGUGAUGAACUUGAAUGUGUAAGCCAUGAUUGUGUGUCCCGUGAUCUGUGGUGCAAUGGUGAACCAGACUGCUUAGACAGUUCAGAUGAAUGGGACUGUGUGACCCUCUUUGAAAAUGGCAACCCCUCUUCACUCCUGACCGUUCACAGAUCUGCCACAGAGCACCAUGUGUGUGCCGACGGAUGGCAGGGGGCGCUGAGUCAGCUGGCCUGCAAGCAGAUGGGUUUAGGGGAGCCAUCUAUGACAGAAGCUGUUCAUGAACAGGAGCAAGACAAGCAGUGGUUGACCUUACGGCCCAACUGGGAGACCCUCAAUGGGACCACUUUGCAUGAACUUCUGGUAAAAGGACAGUCUUGUCGGAGCAGAAGUAUGAUUUCUCUUCUGUGCAGUAAACAAGACUGUGGGCAUCGCCCUGCUGCCCGAAUGAACAAGAGGAUCCUGGGUGGUCGCACGAGUCGCCCUGGAAGAUGGCCAUGGCAGUGUUCCCUGCAGACUGAACCCAGUGGACACAUUUGUGGCUGUGUUCUCAUUGCCAAAAAGUGGGUUCUGACAGUUGCCCACUGCUUUGAGGGGAGAGAAGCCCCUGCCAUUUGGAAAGUGGUGCUGGGCAUCAACAAUCUGGAUCACCCGUCACCGUUCAUGCAGACGCGCUAUGUGAAGAACAUCAUCUUGCACCCUCGCUAUAGUCGAGCAGUAGUGGACUAUGACAUCAGCAUAGUCGAACUGAGUGAAGACAUCAAUGAGACAAGCUAUGUCCGACCUGUCUGCUUACCGAGUUCUGAGCAGUCGGUAGAACCCGACACGUACUGCUAUAUCACAGGCUGGGGCCACAUGGGCAACAAAAUGCCUUUUAAGCUGCAAGAAGGAGAAGUCCGAAUUAUUUCUCUGGAACAGUGCCAGUCCUAUUUUGACGUGAAGACCAUCACCACUCGGAUGAUAUGUGCUGGCUAUGAGUCCGGCACAGUGGACUCAUGCAUGGGUGACAGCGGUGGGCCUCUGGUUUGUGAACGGCCUACAGGACAGUGGACAUUAUUUGGUUUAACUUCAUGGGGCUCUGUCUGCUUUUCCAAAGUCCUGGGGCCUGGCGUUUACAGCAAUGUGUCAUACUUCAUGGAAUGGAUUGAAAGACAGAUAUACAUCCACACCUUUCUCCUAAACUAA